AGCACAACGGAAUUAUAAAUUAUAUUCUUGCAACAUUCGAAAUUAUCAAAUGUGUGUUUAAAUUAUGGCUGACAAUUAUGUAUUAGUCAAUCCGGUAAUAACGCGGGAAAUGGUACAAAUCUUACCUAGUGUUGUGGUCAACAGGAUAACAUUGCCUGAUAUCGUGGAGGAAAACUUGAAGCAAGAGACCGAAAGUUAUGGAAACAUAGAGUAUGAGGAGGAAGGUGAUGAGGAGCAGACUGAAUCGGUAGCUGAAACUGAAGAGGAUGAGGAACCAGAGCUGUCUGAAAAAGCAGAACCCAAGUACGCCUGGAAUGCACCCUGCAUGAUGGUUAUUUUCCCGGAUGGCGAUCUCAAUUGUGCCCUUCAUCACCUCGUCGAAUCUCUACAGGAUCCCUUUGCCUUGGAUGCGGUGGCCGUACUUCUGGUGCAGGAAAGCCUGAUAGAAGAACUCGAAUGUCGAGUGGUCACUCUGAUGAAACCAUUGGACUCCAGGGUUGCCGAUCACCCCUGCUAUAAACGCACUCUGCUCAAGAUUGCCGAACUGAAACCAAAAACUGUAGUUGGACCACCUGAUAUUGUAAUGCCCGAUGCCACGCCCAUGUUGGUUCGGGAUAUUCCACACAAAUUUCUGGGCGAGGGACCCACCGGCAUUAUAACAUUACACAUUUUUCGAACCCCCUUUGAGGCCACUCAGAUCUAUCGAAAGGAAUAUCCCCUGCCCAUUGCAUCGGUUAGCAUUUGGAACGAGCGGGUGUCGAGCGUCUUUGAAGUGGUGGGCUUGAUGAGUGGCAUCGAUACCUUCAAGGUCAACUGUUUUAGUGUGGACAUGGAGCCCAUCAAAAAGUCAUUCGAGUUGCGCAAAUACAGUGCCUGUAUGAAACGUGGUUAUCACUACGAAACGCUGGUCAUAAAAGGCGAGCGGAAGAUUAUCAUCUUUCCGGUGGGGAUUAUAUUUGGUAACUGAAGUGUGAACUGAAUAAAGGAAAUAUCCAUAAUAAUGGCAGUGAAGUGAGAUUAUAGUUUGUCCCUUAAGUAUUUAAGCACUUUGUCUUAACUAAAUGUUAAAAUGUCUUUACUUACAUUUUCAUACAACUUAGUGUUUUAAUUUCCAACCAUUAUAUUUCUAUUAAACAAUGCUUAAAAACAAUUGCUACUAUA